AUGAAGACCCUGCUGCUGACCCUCUUGGUGCUUGGCCUGGUGGCUAUGCUGCAGGCUCAGGACCCCUUGUCCUUCUGGCCAGAGCAGCAGAAUUUCACAGGGACCUGGUAUGUGAAGGCUGCGGCAGCCAACAAGACUCCCCCGGAAAGGAAGAAGCCCUGGAGAGUGUCUCCCAUGAUGGUGACAGCCCUGGAGGGCGGGAACUGGGAGGCCAAGGUCACCUUCAUGAAGAAAGGUCAGUGCCAUGAGAAGAAAAUUGUGAUACAGAAAACUGAGGAGCCUGGCAAAUACAGUGCCCUUCAGGGCAAGAAGCUCAUCUAUGUGGAGGAGCUGCCCGUCAAGGACCACUACGCCUUCUACUGUGAAGACCAGGGCCGUGGAAAAACGUUUGUCAUGGGCAAGCUCUUGGGGAGGACCCCUGAGGAAAACCUAGAGGCUCUGGAAGAAUUUAAGAAAUUCAUGAGGCGCAAGGGGCUCCCACAAGACAACAUCGUCAUCCCGGAGCAGAAGGAUGCCACUGCUACUUCGCUAAAGAAGCAGCAGAGAAGUCACCCCAAUGUGACCGAGAUCAAGGAGGGUCCCAGCCCAUUAUUAACACCCCCAGUGUCCCCAAAACCCAGUGAGCUGUGA